GCAAGUACAGCACUCUGUAGUCGAACAUCUUCUCAGAGUCCGAUCUGCUUCAAAUAGCACAGUGAUCUCUAAUCGUACCGUUUCAAAUGAAAGUAUUAGUUUCGUAGGGCACGGGAGAUAAGUUAUAAAGAAGAACAGGAGCACCCAGCAUUGCAGGUUAAACAGGAGUGAAAGAGCUGAUGAACUUUGGGACAUGCACCGGCUGCUCGUAACACUGGCGCUUGUCCUGGCUGGCUCCGCGGCCCAGGAGCCCGACCAGCCCCACGGCUGCAUGCAUGGUAGCUGUUACCCAGCCACUGGAGACUUACUGGUUGGCAGAGAGAAGAGUCUGAAGGCCUCAUCCACCUGUGGGCUGCGCAAGAAGGAGCCUUACUGCAUCGUCAGCCACUUGCAGGACGAGAAAAAGUGUUUCCAGUGUGACUCACGCCGGCCGUACGAUGCCGUCUACAACACCAACAGCCACCGUAUUGAAAACGUCAUCACCACCUUCCAGCCUCAUCGGAAGAAAUCCUGGUGGCAGUCGGAGAACGGCAAGUCAGAGGUUCACAUGCAGCUGGAUCUGGAGGCUGAGUUCCACUUCACACAUCUCAUCAUGACCUUCAAGACUUUCCGGCCGGCCGCCAUGCUGAUCGAGCGUUCCUCCGACUUUGGCCGCACGUGGCAGGUGUACCGCUACUUCGCCUAUGACUGUGCCUCCAUCUUCCCUGGGGUCUCCCAGGGGCCCCUGCGCCAUGUGGAUGACGUAAUCUGUGAGUCCCGCUACUCUGACAUCGAGCCAUCCACAGAGGGAGAGGUGAUCUACAGGGUCCUGGACCCAGCCAUCCACAUACAGGACCCAUACAGCCCCAGAAUUCAGAACCAGCUGAGGAUCACCAACCUACGUGUGAACCUCACAAAGCUGCACACGCUGGGGGACAACCUGCUGGACUCGCGCUUGGAGAUCAAGGAGAAGUACUACUAUGCCGUGUAUGAGAUGGUGGUGCGUGGGAACUGCUUCUGCUACGGCCAUGCCUCUGAGUGUGCCCCUAUCGAGGGGAUUAGGGGGGAUAUUGAGGGCAUGGUGCAUGGGAGGUGUGUCUGCAAGCACAACACUAAUGGACUGAACUGUGAGCGGUGUGACGACUUCUACAACAACGUCCCCUGGAGGCCAGCUGAGGGCAGAAGCACCAACGCUUGCCAGAAAUGCAACUGCAACCAGCACUCAGACAAGUGCCACUUCGACAUGGCUGUGUACCUGGCCACGGGGAAUGUGAGCGGCGGCGUGUGUGACAACUGCCUACACAACACCAUGGGGCGUAACUGCGAGAUAUGCAAGCCCUUCUACUACCAGGACCCUGCCAGGGACAUCCGGGACCCCGCAGUGUGUGUCCCCUGUGACUGCGACCCCGAUGGCUCCCUCAACGGCGGUGUCUGUGACGGGCACGACGAGCCCAGCCUGGGCAUGAUGGCCGGCCAGUGUCGCUGCAAGGAGCACGUGCGGGGUCGGCGUUGCGACCACUGCAAGGCGGGCUACUUUGGGCUCAGCGCGGACGACCCCCGAGGCUGCCAGCCAUGCCGGUGCGACUCCAUGGGUUCAGUGUUGGAAGGCGCCCAGUGCGACCCAGUCACUGGAGACUGCUUCUGCAAACGCCUGGUGACGGGUCGGACUUGCAGUCAGUGUCUGCCGGAACACUGGGCGCUGAGUCACGAUUCGAAUGGCUGUCGGGAGUGUGACUGUGACGUAGGCGGGGCAACAGACAACCACUGCUCCAUGGACACUGGCCAAUGCCGUUGUCGAAGUCACAUGAUUGGGCGCCAGUGUAACCAGGUGGAGCCUGGCUUUUACUUCAUGGCUCUGGACCACUACACCUAUGAGGCAGAACUGGCUAAACUGGGCCAGGGAUGCACUGUUGUGGAAAGGGAAAUGCAGCCUGGUCGCACAGCCACUUGGACCGGCACUGGUUUUGCCCGUGUUCCUAAAGGCAGCACCCUGGAGUUUUCCAUCAGCAACAUCCCAUACUCGAUAGAGUAUGACGUGUUGAUUCGCUAUGAAUCACAGAUGCUACAUGACUGGGAGGAGGUUCACGUGAGUGUGGUGAGGCCAGGCCCGAUUCCCACCAGCAGCCCCUGUGGCAAUACCAUCCCUGCAGACGACCUGCUGACCGUGUCCCUGCCCAUCGUCUCCAGGUUUGUAGUUCUGCCAAGGCCUGUCUGCCUGGAAAGGGGAGUGAGCUACACCCUGCGGCUGGAAUUCCCGUACUUCUCCAGGCAGAGCACUGUCCCGAACCCUAGUAUCCUGAUUGACUCUAUCUCCCUGCUCCCUCGAUACUCCUCCCUGGAGAUGUUCAUUGCUGGGGAUCCCGCAUCCAUUGCCCGCAAGCAGACCUUCGAGCUCCAUCGCUGCCACGACACAGGCAAGGCUGUGAUGCGCUCUCUGCUCAGCGACACCUGCAGCAAGCUGCUCGCCAGCAUGUCCGCCAUCAUCAACGAUGGAGCUCUGCCCUGCCAGUGUGACCCCCAGGGUUCAAUGAGCUCUGAGUGUAACGCUCAUGGAGGCCAGUGUAGCUGUAAGCCGCAUGUGAUUGGCCGGCGCUGCGACCAAUGUGCCCCAGGGACCUACGGCUUCAGGUCUGCGGGGUGUACACUGUGCAGUUGCAGCAUGGAGGGCUCGCGCACCCCCUUCUGCCAUCAGCACACGGGCCAAUGCUCCUGCAACCCUGGGGCCUUCGGGCUGCACUGCGACAGGUGCCAGCAUGGGCACUGGGGCUUCCCCAACUGCAAGCCGUGCCGCUGCAAUGGGCACGCCGAUGAAUGCGAGGAGAGGACCGGCCGCUGCUUAAACUGCAGGGGGAACACAGCGGGGGACAAGUGUGAAAGGUGCGCCAGUGGUUACUAUGGCAAACCGGAGCUGGAGUCGGGGAGUCAAUGCCGGCCCUGCCCCUGCCCUGACAGCCCCACCAGCGGUCACCACUUUGCGGCCUCCUGCUACCAGGACACCCGCAGCCACCAAGUGGUCUGCAACUGUAACCAGGGCUACACAGGAAUGGUUAAACGCUCCAAGGGGAUCAUCCAGCGCUCUCGCUGUGACGAGUGUGCCCCUGGUUACUACGGCAACCCCUCAGAGCCGGGUGGCCGCUGCCAGAUGUGCCAGUGCAGCAACAACAUCGAUAUGACCGACCCGGAAUCAUGUGACCGCCGCACAGGGGAGUGCAGGAAGUGCCUUUACAACACGGAGGGGCCCGACUGUGGAAUGUGUAAGAUUGGCUACUACGGGGAUGCCAAGCGACGGAACUGCAGGAAAUGCACCUGUAACUUCCUGGGCACCGAGCACAAACAGUGCUCCUCUCCGGACAAGUGUGUGUGCAACCGCGGGACAGGCCAGUGCCAGUGUCUGCCCAACGUUAGCGGUCAGACCUGCGACCACUGUAUCGCCAACUACUGGAAUAUGGCCAGCGGCCGUGGCUGCGAACCCUGCAACUGUGACCCCAUCAACGCUGUUUCAGCCUCCUGUAAUGAGUUUACAGGCCAGUGCCCCUGCCGUGAUGGGUUUGGGGGAAAGACCUGCACAGAAUGCCAAGAGAAUUUCUGGGGCAAUCCCAAGGUCCAGUGCAGAGCCUGUGACUGUGACCGGCGUGGCAUCGAGACACCGCAGUGUAACCGCCUGAACGGGCACUGCGUGUGUCGGCCAGGCGUGUCAGGUGUGCGCUGCGACCAGUGUGCCCGCGGCUUCUCAGGGCACUUCCCAGACUGCCAGCCCUGCCACCAGUGCUUUGGCGACUGGGACCGUGUGGUCCAGGAUCUGGUGGCCCGUACCAAAGCCCUGACUGAGCGGGCCCAUGAGAUUCAGCUCACUGGCCUGACUGGCGCCUAUGAGAAGAGCUUUCGCGAGAUGGAGAAGAAGCUGGCCAAGGUCCAGGGCAUCGUUAACAGCCGCAAUGCUACAGCUGAGACCAUCACCAGCCUCAUGACCCUGACUGAGGACCUCAGGGCUCGAAUUGGUGAGACUACAGAGAGGCUGAAUCGCCUGGAGUCAGAGCUGACCAACGUGCAGGACGGCAACUAUGAGGCCAGCAGCCAGCUAAGUGCCCUGGAGAGAGAGGCCAGGGAACUCAACCUGACCUCUGACCAGCUUAGCCACCAGCUGGACAUUCUCAAGAACUCCAACUUUCUGGGUGCCUAUGACAGCAUCCGCAGCUCCUAUAACAAAUCCCGAGAGGCGGAACGCCUUGCCAAGCUGGCCACGACCCACGUGCCGAGCAUCGUCACCCAGUCAGCGGACAUGCGGCGGAAGACGGAGCGCCUGAUGGCUGCCAAGAAGGACGAUUUUAACCGCAAGAAUGCUGCGAACAAGCGCGCCCUGCAGGACCUGGCUGCCAAGACACACAUGCUGGACCUAAAGAAGAUCAAUGAGAAGGUCUGUGGCGUUCCUGGCGAUGUGCCGUGUGAUGAGAGCCCCUGUGGUGGCGCCGGUUGCCGCGAUGAUGAUGGAAACAGGCACUGCGGGGGUCUAAACUGCAACGGUGCAGUGGCAACUGCAGGCAACGCGCUUGAGAGGGCUAAACAUGCUGAGAAGGAGCUGAACAAGGCUAUGGCUGAGGUGGAGGAGCUCUUCCAGAAAGUGGCCAAGGCCAAGAUGCAGGCGAUGGAGGCGAAGGGAAAGGCCCAGGCAGCCCUGGACAAGGCCAACAACACCAAGGCCAAAGUGGAGCAGUCCAACAACAAGCUCCGUGACCUCAUCAAGGAGAUCCGUGACUUCCUCACACAAGAGGGCGCCGAUCCGGACAGCAUUGAGGCUGUGGCUACCCGCGUUCUGGAGCUGACCAUCCCAGCCUCCCCUCAGCAGAUCCGACACUUAGCCGGCGAGAUCAAGGACAAGGUCAACAGCUUGUCUAACGUGGACGCCAUCUUGGAGCAGACGCAGGACGAUGUGCGCAAAGCCAGGCAGCUUCUGCAGGAUGCCAAGAAGGCCAAGAAUCGUGCCGAGAGCGUCAAAUCGGUGGCGGAAACAGUGAAACACGCUCUUGAUGAUGCCCACAAGGCACAGACUGCUGCCGAGAAGGCCAUCCAGCGUGCCCAGGAAGACAUCGGCAGCACAGAGGAUCGCAUAGCGCAGGUGAAUUCAGAGACCUCUGCCAGGGAGAAAGACCUGAAUGAUGCCAUGGAUCACCUGGGCCACCUCAGCCGGCAGAUCGAGGCUCUGAAGACCAAGCAUGCAAACAACAGCCUAGUAGCAUCACGUGCUGAGGAAACGGCCACCAUGGCAAGGGAUAAGGCCAAUGAGGCCAAGCAGGCGUUGGAUGGUGAGCUGAAUGACAAGUACCGGAUGGCGCAGGACCUAGUGGACCGCAAGGCCAAGAUGGUCCAAGAUGCAAAGAAGAAGGCGGAGCGACUGCGGGACGAAGCCAAAAAGCUGCUACAGAACGCACAGAACAAGCUUCAGAGGCUGGCAGAACUGGAGAAAAAUUAUGAGGACAAUCAGAAGAUACUAGAGGGAAAAGCUAGGCAGCUUGAUGGACUGGAAGACAAAAUGAAGGCCAUCCUCAAUGACAUCAACAAGCAAAUUCAAAUUUAUAAUACAUGCCAGUAACAACCAGCCUUUGUCCACUCAAUCAUGACUGGACUGCACUUUACUGCGAACAGCAAAACACUCAAACCACCGAAUGUCACUGUGCUGAAUCUGUAAACCCUGCAUUCUAGUGGAUGAUGUUGGGUACUGCAACCAAAAAAACUGUAGUCUUUUGUGUUCAAAGUAAAAUGGUCUGGUUCUGCUCUUUGAGGCUUGCAGCUGGGUUUUAUUGGUAGAUUUUGCUACCUGAAAUUAGGCAUCAAGCAAUAACUUAAAAUGAAAACCAGCAGCAGCCCCCAAGGACCAGAAUUUUCACGAAAGUUCUGGAUUCUAUUGUGCCUUCAUUGAAUUCUUACUUUGCCAGACAAAUGUGGCUAAACUUUCCUCUACACAGGUGGUAUGACAGAGUUCAAGCAUUCAAAGGUAUGACAAGUAAGAAGAAUACAUUAGUACCGAGGAUGAUAGUAUUGUAUGGAAGAAACAAUAUUUCUUACCUUAUCUUAGUUAUGCAGUAAAAGGAAGUCCUGUUUAUAAAGGCAAGGCAGUGAGUAGAAGUUAUUUUAAAAGUUUGAAUUUCUUUUGUUUUUAGCACAACUUAUGAAGUGCAUAAAAUGUUAUAUAUUUUUAAAAAGUUUAACAAUAAAUAAUUUAUGCACAACAAGAAAGUUCUGACCAGCCAUCACAUUUACUAUUGCAGCAAUAUAUCUGAUGCUAUAAAGUUACUCUUCGAAUAACAGAUCAUUUUUAACUCUAGUCAUUAAAAGACCAAAGAGAAUACAUAUAACUUGAUAUACCAGAUGUUAAAUACAAUCGGUUUUGGGUGAUAGAUGUUACUAAGCAUCCCGAAAAAUAUGAUAUGAAAAGGCAUUCAGAUUACAAUUAUGGGAAUUAUGACAUGUGGGAAAGUUCUGGAGUUCUGAUGACCAGCCUGAUGAGACGAAGGUUCAUCUGAAACAGAGCAGCUGGUGUGUAUUUGUACAUAUUUGUACAAAUCAGAAAGUCAGAAAAGACAACAGACAUAACAUAUUUUAUUCCUAAAGUAAGCACAUCCUACAUCAACUCUCUUAUGCAAUGAAAUCGUUGAAGCUGGGCCACAGUUAAUUUUACACAUUGUAGCAAUUACUUAAAACAAAGUGUCCUAUAGCACAUCUGUUACAGUUCCAGGUAAAUUCAUUCUAAUAAAAUUGCAAUAAUAAGAAAACAUCGUGUACCUUUACAUUUUUGAUAACUCAUCCAUUCUUCUGUUCAACCCCCAUAUAAUCUAUACUUUCUCCACACACCCCCAACCUCUACAAUUUCUAGAAUUACUAGAUGGAUAGAAAUGAAUAAAUGUGUCAAUAAUGUGAAGGCGCGUGCACACACACAGACACACACACAGACACACCCACAGACACAGCCCUGGAAGGGCCACAGACAGUUUUUAUUAUUAUUGUACUAAAUCACAAAAUCAUGUAUGGAAUAUUAUUUAGCGCUACAUAACACAUGGAGAAUGUAAUCAGGAAUCAUUAAGAAGGUGUAACCAGAAGCGGGUGUAAACUGUGUAGAAUGCAACCUUGUAACCUUCAGAGAAUGCAGACCAAUUACUGUGAUGUUACUGAAAAUUCGUAUGAAUUAGCACCUUGUCUUGGCUUGGAAGUUUCUGUAUCCGUUAGCUAUCUUAUGUUAGCCUUUCAUGUAUGAAUAUGUACUUAAUUAGCGCAGCUUAUCACUAUUUUGAAGGCCCAGAAUAUUACGUUCUGUAGCUAAUCAUCUCAGGACCAUCUGAAACUGCCAAAACUUGUUAUUGUUACUGUUAGAGAAACCUGUUAGGUUUUGCUCUCCCUCUGUAGUUCUGGGCUCCUCGCCAAAAGUAAAGUAACAAUAUUGCCCAGGUCACGUUUUUCAAAGCGACUAGAUAAUAAAGUAAAUAAUUGGAAGCCUCAUCACACAGGUGCGAUGAAUAUCAGAGGCCAGGAAAAGGAGGCGCAAUGAUAGCAAAUGAUCCAGAAAAAUGAUGCUUGGAAAACCCUCGUGACGAAUAUCCUGAUAAGAGAUAUGAAAAGUGUAUAAAAAUCAGUGUGAUUCGCAAUGGGACACACUCCUGCAGGAUGUCCAGCCUUGGUUGUAACCUCGCUGUUGCAAUACAGAUUCAAUCUGAAAAUCUAUAUAA